AUCCCCGACACCACCACCCACCGCUCCUCCUCACACACACAAACACACUCAUGAGUGCGCGCUGCGUCCGUGCGCACCACCGGCUGCUGCAACCUGCCGACUUCACCUGGACGAGAACAGCGAAGGGGGUCGGCGGGAGGAGUAUGGGGGCAACAGAAGCACUAAACAAUGUGUGCAUAUUGCAUUAUGCGAUGCCACAGGUUAUUACGACGUUUGCGCUCUUUUAGGAUGUAGCGGCGGAGCUGGAAGUUUGCAUGCCCUCACCAUGGACUGCCUUUUUCUUCUGAUCUGGACCUUACCCAUCCCGCUGGUCGGCUGCAGCUCAGUCAGGCUCCUGUCCACCCUGUUGUCCUGGAACAUUAUCAAGACGCUGCACAUUUACUGUUCAUACAGCGCCGCUGCCGGCUACUCCAGCGACAGACACGGAUUAAAUCACGACUAUGUGUUUGUGACCCCCGUUGAGGUGGACUCCGAGGGUGGAUACCUGACCCACGAUGUGACCCGGCGAAGCCACCGCAGCAGGAGGUCACUCUCUCCCUCGGUGCACUACCGGCUCUCGGCCUUCGGGCAGGACCUGCACCUGGACCUGCAUCCGUCUCCUGUGGUGGGCCCGGGCUUCACCGUGCAGACGCUCGGCUCGGAUGGCAUCGCCACGCCGAUGCCUGAUGUCGAGUCUCACAACUGUCUGUAUCAGGGAGUCGUCCGGAACCUGUCGAGCUCAACCGCCGCCAUCUCCACUUGCGCUGGACUGUCAGGUUUGAUCCGCGUGUCUCAGGAAGAGUAUUUAAUUGCCCCGUUGCCCCAACAUCUGGCUGAACAACACAGCUACAGCGCCCCCGAUGGUCACCACCCGCAUGUCGUCUACAAACGCUCAGCGGAACACAUUGUGCACAGAAGAUCCAGCGGCUCAUCGAGCACCGAUUCUUCAACGCCCGAAAACCCGUACCUUCACCAUCAGCAUCAUCAUCAGCACAAUCAUCACCAUGACUACCAGCAUGGAACACUGCAGAGGCAACACUUCUGCGGACGCCGCAAGCAAUACACACCCAAGCCUCCCGUUGAGGACAGUUUCCUCAUGCCUGACGAGUUUGCGGUACCUGAGGCAGAAGCACCAGGAAGGGCUAAGAGAUCGCACAUUAACUCCAACAGGGCGGGGGGCCUAAAUGUGGAGACCCUGGUGGUGGCAGACAGAAAGAUGCUGGAGAAACACGGCAGAGACAACGUCACCACCUACGUCCUCACCGUCAUGAACAUGGUCUCCAGCCUUUUCAAAGAUGGCACCAUUGGGACGGACAUCAACAUUGUGGUGGUCAGCUUGUUGCUACUGGAACAGGACCCACUGGGCUUGACCAUCAAUCACCAUGCUGACCAUUCCCUCAACAGUUUCUGUCAGUGGCAGUCAGGUCUGGUGGGGAAAGGUGGUAAACGGCACGACCACGCUGUUCUCCUCACAGGAUUGGACAUAUGUUCUUGGAAGAAUGAGCCCUGCGACACCCUGGGUUUUGCUCCCAUCAGUGGAAUGUGCAGCAAGUACAGGAGUUGUACCAUCAAUGAGGAUACAGGACUGGGCUUGGCCUUCACCAUCGCUCACGAAUCUGGACACAAUUUUGGGAUGAUCCAUGAUGGCGAGGGGAACCCUUGUCGCAAAACAGAAGGCAACAUUAUGUCUCCAACUCUGGCUGGAAACAAUGGGGUCUUCUUCUGGUCCACUUGCAGUCGGCAGUACCUCAGCCGCUUCCUUGGAACAGCCCAAGCAUCCUGUCUGGUGGACGAGCCCAAGCAGAUCGGUCAGUACAAGUACCCUGAACAGCUACCUGGGCAGCUUUACGACGCAGACACGCAGUGCAAGUGGCAGUUUGGUUCCAAGGCUAAACUGUGCAGCCUUGAUUUUGUCAAGGACAUCUGCAAGUCGCUGUGGUGUCAUCGCACAGGGCACCGGUGCGAGACCAAGUUCAUGCCUGCUGCAGAAGGCACCAGCUGUGGACCUGACAUGUGGUGCCGAAGGGGUCAGUGUGUGAAAUACGGGGAGCACGGCCCUAGGGCGGUCCACGGCCAGUGGUCGGCCUGGUCUCCGUGGUCUGACUGCUCCAGAACCUGUGGAGCGGGGAUCAUGUACAGGGAGCGCUCCUGCACAAGCCCAAGGCCACAGAACAAUGGUAAAUUUUGCCCCGGCUCCAGCCGUCUCAACCAGCUCUGUAACACUCGGCUGUGCCCUCCUAACUCUGUGGACUUUCGGGCCCAGCAGUGCGCCGAGUACAACAGCAAGCCCUUCAGGGGCUGGUACUACAAGUGGAAGCCCUACACCAAAGUGGACGAUGAAGACAUCUGUAAGCUGUACUGUAUCGCAGAGGACUACGACUUUUUCUUUGCCAUGUCCGGCAAGGUAAAAGAUGGCACCUCCUGUUCGGAGCACAAAGGAGACGUCUGCAUCGAUGGAGUGUGUGAGGCCGUCGGCUGUGACCAGGUCCUGGUCUCCGAGGCCUCUCUGGAUGCCUGCGGAGCCUGUAAAGGGGACAACUCCUCUUGCAAGUUCUUCAAGGGCCAAUACACCCUUCAGCACAGGGCUAACAAGUACUACUCCAUGGUUGCAGUCCCGGCUGGAGCACGAAGCAUUCGUGUUCAGGAGAUGGAGGUUUCCACCAGCUACUUGGCCGUCCGCUCCAUGAAGAGGAAGUACUACCUGACCGGAGACUGGACUGUGGACUGGCCGGGGAAGUUCCACUUUGGCGGGGCCGUGUUUGACUACCAGCGUUCUUUCAACAAGCCGGAGAGCCUUUAUGCUGCCGGUCCUACUAAUGAGACGCUGGUGUUUGAAAUCCUUCUGCAGGGAAAGAAUCCAGGUGUCGUGUGGGAGUACACCCUGCCUCGCACUGAGAGGAAACCCGACUACAGCUGGGGCGUGGUGCGCUCCGACUGCUCCGCUCCGUGUGCUGGAGGUCGUAUCUCGACCAAGGCUAUGUGUCUGCAGGACCAGAAGGUCCAGGUGAACUCCACCAUGUGUAAUCCCCACACCAGACCGACACUGGGCUCUCUCCUCUGCAACACCCAGCCCUGCCCAGCCUACUGGGCAUCGGGAGACUGGGGCCCCUGCAGCCGCGCAUGUGGAGGAGGUCAGCAGACCAGGACCCUGCGGUGCCUGAGGAAGGUGACUUAUCAGAGGGAAGAGGUGACGGUGCACUCCCUCUGUCCCGUAGUCUCUCCGGCCCAGGUCCAGCCUUGCCACACUCAGACCUGCCCGCCCGACUGGAGCACCGGAUCCUGGUCCCAGUGCUCCAAGACCUGCGGCCGCGGACUGAGGAAGCGGAGCGUGUUUUGCCGCAGCAGCGUUCUGGGGUCCAAGGCGGCGGUGGUGCCCGACAGCAUGUGCAGACAGCACCACAGGCCCAAAGCCCAGGAGACCUGUGUCCUGCGGCGCUGCCCAAAGAACGAGAGGCUGCAGUGGAUGCCCACUGCCUGGGGAGAGUGCUCCAGGUCUUGUGGCUCAGGCAUCCAGAAGAGAGAGCUUCGCUGCGGGGAGAGAGACUCACAGGGAUGGUAUGUGGAGUUCCCCAUACGGAGGUGCAGGAACAUGGCGAAACCCUUGCUGGAUCUCCAGCAGGGCUGCAACAGAGGUCCGUGCCCAGAGCUCCCUCAAGCUGUGCCAGGCAGAACCAGCUCCAGUGCUGUGUCCUUAGGCUGGUACUCCUCUCCCUGGCAACAGUGCUCUGUGUCCUGUGGCGGUGGAGUCCAGACUCGGUCCAUCCAGUGUCUCCGCCAAGGUCGCCCCGCAGCCGGCUGCCUGUCCCACCAGAGACCUGUCACUUCCAGGGCGUGCAACACACACUUCUGCCCGGCUGCUCCAAUGGUCCCAGCACAACGCCCCGGCAGGGUCACAGCUGCUGGACCAACACCGAACGAAGAACAAUGCGUGGACCAUUUCAGCUGGUGUCAUCUGGUUCCCCAGCACGGCGUUUGUAACCACAAGUUCUAUGGACAGCAGUGCUGCAGGUCCUGCUCCAGCAAGAGGCAGAAGAGCUCUGAGGCCCUUGAGGCUGUGAAUCCUGGCCUCUGAGGGAUGCAACACCCCAGCAGCCAUGUGGUGGCUACCUCUCACAACACACAGAACUGUGCUCGACACUUGUGUUUCUGUUCCUCCUGGAGUACUUGACUAAUGAAUUUCUUAAAAGGAGGGAAAUAGAGAAAACACAGACUCCUUUUGUUGAAGAAGGCAAGUGUGGCUGCCGAUGUUCCUCUGCCACAGCGCUAAAGUCAUCCUUUCAUCAACCACAUUGUAACUGGAAAGACAAUACACAUAACAAAGGACAUGUUAAUGUAAUAUAUAUUGUUGUCAUUUUGUUGAGUGUUUUACUUUUGAAACCUCGAAAGCUACAAGCCAUCAGGAGAACAGGAAAGGACAAUCGCGUUUCAGUUUGGCUUAUAUGUUGUGUUUUUAAAAGGCAUCUGGUUUCAUAAUCCUUUUUUCUUAACUUAUUAUGGUUCGUAAUAUAUGGUUUUCCAUUUUGUCAGGUGUACAGUGGAUCUGUAACAUGUUAUUUCUAUGUUUGGAUAUACCAGAGGAUUGUGCCAGUCACCCUUUGUAUCCACUUUUAUUAGUAAUACGAUGCAUUAGUAAUCAGUGGCAAGAUGCCUCCUACACUUCCUCCUUCCCAAACUCGUCGCUUGUUGUGUUUAAUGCUGCUGAAUCAUUUUUGGAACAAGCUGGAACACAUUUUCGCUGUGCAUUCCGUUCACGCCAUGAAGACCUCUUUGUGUACGUAACACAUGUUAUCCAGUCACGUUGUAAAUGGUCGCUCUCCUGUACGGUUAUGGUAAUACAACUCGAUCAUCCAUC